AUGAUGAUGGAACUACCGGAUAUUUGGAUAAUAAGAUUGGUUGUGGCAUAUGCUCUCUGUCUUUGUAUAUUUAUCAGAUCAGCUUCUGCAACUGAAGGGUUCGAGAGCAUAGCAUGCUGUGCUGAUUCAAAUUACACAGAUCCACUGACCACCUUAAAUUACACAACAGAUUACAGCUGGUUCUCUGAUAAAAGUAGUUGCAGAUCAAUAUCUGAAAUUGGGUUAAACCACAGUAGCAAUGAAAAUUUUCGACUGUUCAAUAUUGUUAAGGGAAAGAGAUGUUACAAUUUGCCAACAAUUGAGAAUAAAAUAUAUCUGAUAAGAGGCACAUUUCCAUUUGACAGUUUAAAUUCUUCCUUUGAUGUUUCAAUUGGGGUGACACCAUUAGGUGCAGUGAGAUCGUCCAGCCUUCAGGACUUGGAAAUUGAGGGAGUUUUCAGAGCCACCAAAAACUACAUAGACUUCUGCUUAGUGAAGGGGGAGGUUAAUCCAUUUAUUUCUUUGCUUGAAUUAAGGCCAUUGCAGGAAGAGUACCUAGAUGGUUUGCCUAAUAGUGUUUUAAAACUGAUAAGCAGAAAUAAUCUUGGGGGAACGAAAGAUGAUGAUAUCAGGUACCCAGUUGACCAAAGUGAUAGAAUCUGGAAAGCAACUUCAAGUUCAUCAUCUGCUCUUCCAUUGUCUUUCAAUGUCAGCAAUUUUGACCUCAAAACUAAUGUGACACCUCCUCUACAAGUACUACAGACAGCUCUUACCCACCCUGAGCGAUUGGAGUUCAUCCACAAUGACCUUAAGACUGGGGAUUAUGUAUACCGUGUGUUUCUCUAUUUCCUUGAAUUAAAUAGCAAUGUCAAAGCAACCCAAAGGGUGUUUGACAUCUAUGUUAAUAGUGAGAUUAAAGAGGAGAGAUUUGAUAUAUUGGCUGGAGGUUCCAACUAUAGAUACACUGCCUUGAACGUUUCAGCAAAUGGAUCACUUAAUGUAACCUUGGUCAAUGCAUCUGGGUCUGAGUUUGGACCCCUUUUGAAUGCUUAUGAGAUCCUGCAGGUAAGGUCAUGGAUUGAAGAAACCAACCAAACAGAAGUGGAAGUCGUUCAGAAGAUGAAAGAAGAGUUGUUGUUACAAAACCAAGACAAUAAAGCGUUGGAGAGUUGGGCUGGAGACCCUUGUAUUCUUUUCCCCUGGCAAGGAAUAGCAUGUGAUCGUUCAAAUGGUUCACCUGUUAUCACUAAUCUAGAUCUUUCCUCUAGUAAUCUCAAAGGACCAAUCCCUUCCAGUGUCACUGAGAUGACCAACUUAAAAAUACUGAACCUGAGCCACAACAGCUUCAUGGGUUAUAUCCCCUCUUUUCCUCCUUCCUCCUUGUUGAUAUCAGUAGAUCUGAGCUACAAUGAUCUUAUGGGACCGCUUCCAGAAUCGAUUAUCUCACUGCCUCAUUUGAAAUCAUUAUAUUUUGGCUGCAACCAAAAAAUGAGCUACGAGGAUCCAGCAACGUUGAACAGUACACUAAUCUAUACAGAUUACGGAAGAUGCAAAUCAAAAGAACCCAGAUUUGGACAAGUAAUUGUUAUUGGUGCUGCUACAUGUGGAUCACUUUUGAUUACUUUGGCUGUUGGAAUUCUUUUUAUUUGCCGCUAUAGACAAAAAUUAAUUCCAUGGGAGGGAUUUGGUGCAAAGAACUACCCAAUGGCAACAAAUUUAAUUUUCUCUUUGGCAAGCAAAGAUGAUUUCUUCAUAAAAUCCGUUUCAAUUCAACCAUUCACUUUGGAAAAUAUAGAGGUGGCCACACAGAGGUACAAAACUUUGAUAGGUGAAGGAGGGUUUGGUUCUGUUUACCGGGGCACUCUAAAUGAUGGUCAAGAAGUGGCAGUGAAAGUCCGGUCAGCCACAUCAACUCAGGGAACUCGAGAAUUUGAUAAUGAGCUGAACCUACUUUCUGCAAUACAGCAUGAGAACCUGGUGCCUCUUCUUGGUUACUGUAAUGAAAAUGAUCAACAAAUUCUCGUGUAUCCUUUCAUGUCCAACGGUUCUUUGCAAGAUAGACUAUAUGGGGAGCCAGCAAAGAGAAAGGUAUUAGACUGGCCAACUAGACUCUCUAUUGCUCUUGGUGCAGCUCGAGGUUUGGCAUAUCUUCACACAUUUCCUGGACGUUCCGUAAUACACAGGGACGUAAAAUCAAGCAAUAUCCUUCUGGAUCAUAGCAUGUGUGCUAAGGUUGCAGAUUUUGGUUUCUCAAAAUAUGCUCCUCAGGAAGGAGACAGUUAUGUUUCCCUUGAAGUAAGAGGAACUGCAGGGUAUCUGGAUCCUGAAUACUACAAAACCCAGCAAUUAUCUGAAAAAAGUGAUGUCUACAGCUUUGGGGUGGUUCUACUUGAAAUUGUCAGUGGUCGGGAACCUCUCAACAUUAAGAGACCACGGAGUGAGUGGAGCUUGGUUGAAUGGGCUACACCAUAUAUAAGAGCGUCAAAGAUGGAUGAAAUUGUGGAUCCUGGCGUAAAGGGAGGAUACCAUGCAGAGGCAAUGUGGAGAGUGGUGGAAGUAGCACUGCAAUGUCUUGAACCCUUCUCAACAUUUAGACCAAGCAUGCUUGACAUUAUCCGUGAGUUGGAAGAUGCUCUCAUUAUAGAAAACAAUGCAUCCGAAUACAUGAAGUCCAUAGACAGCCUUGGAGGAUCCAACCGCUACUCUAUUGUCAUAGAGAAAAGGGUGCUACCCUCAACUUCAACUACAGCAGAAUCAACCAUCACAUCCCAAACCUUGUCCCACCCACAGCCGAGAUAG